AUGAUCAUGUACUCAUUACCGAAGAAAUUUCAUCAUUCAUUUCGUCAUCGUCGAUUUUUCUUUCUCAUUCUUGGUGUAGUGCUCAUUCUCGUGGUUUCCUCGUUGUGGUACUCGUCCGAGUUUUUUCAUUCGAAAUUUUUAAAAAAAUUAAACAAUACAAAACAAUCACAAAAAGUCUCUUCAUCAUCAUCUUUGAUUAAAUCCAUUCUUCCUACUCUCUUUACCACUCCGAUCGGAUUGGAUUUAUAUUUGAUUGGAGAUGAAAUGGAAUUUUAUGAUUUUUCACAAUUGAUCACAAAACACUUUGCAUCUGUUUUUGAAGCUCAACAAUUUCCAAAUGUAUUUCUUGGAAUUAUUGUUCGCAAUUCGACAACAACAAAAUCUCAAACAGUCGAUCGGAAAAUUCAAUCUUCUGAGAGGAUUAGUUUUUUAGUGGAAGGUUUGAGGAGAAUUCCAAAUUUGAAAGGAUGGACGAUUUUACAAGAUGCAUCUUUACAUGAUGACAACCAUUUUGACAAUUUAUUACGACAUGCAGCUAACAUGUUUCAAUAUUUUAUAUUUUUCAAUGAAGAAAAUGACAAAAUGAAAAAACAAGAGAUUCAAUUUCCCAAGAACAAGUCGCAUCAUGUGAUUGCAGUGAUGAAAGCUCAUGUCAUUGUCAACAGUUUUCCAAAUAUUCGAAAAAACAUUCGAAUCGUUGAUAUGGAAAAAUUAGAGACAGAUCUAGAUAGGAACAAGGUCCAUUCACACAAUCGCUUACCAAAUACUGAUAUCCCUCUAUCGACAUUCAAAAUUGAUAAUUUCAAUCUAGGAAGAAUUUGGUAUGGACGAGUGAAACAUUUAAAGCAGAAACCUUUCUUAUUUUAUGGAGGUUAUCAUGAGAUGGCGUUGACAUUUUCUGAACUAUUGAGCGAUCGCUCUUCUUCUCACAAACACACGAAUAAUCACUCGGCAAACAUGUCUACAGAGAAUGACCGUAACUUGUCGCAAAGAAUUUUAGACAAGUAUGGAAUUCGUGUGCUGUCAGACGAUAGAUUUGAGGCAUCUGAGUUGCUUACACUCACAAUCAAACCUGGUCAUUUAAUACAUCAUCAAUUCCAAGUAAUUAUUGAUGGAAAAAAACAAGAACUUGGUGUGAGCUCACUUUUAAACUUUAAAGAAUAUGAACGACGAAUGAAUUUGAAAUAA